UACCGUCAAGCACUGUUACAGCCACGGCCAUCCUCCAUCCGUGUAAUUCGUCGCACAAUGUUUUUAAUAAUUUAUCAAGCUGCCCGUCCUUCGUCGCUGGCAAAUUCUAAGACUUUGGAUUGAUUUCACCAUCUACAGUUUGCCAUGGCGACGGUGGUGAUGGAGCAGAUCGGCCGCCUGUUUAUCAACGCCCAGCAGCUGCGUCAGAUCCCUCAGCUGCUGGAGUCGGCCUUUCCCACACUGCCUUGCACCGUCAAGGUGUCUGACGUUCCCUGGGUGUUCCAAGAGCGUCACAUCCUCACUGGCUACAGGCAGCCGGACCAUAGCUGGCGCUACUACUUCCUCACCCUCUUCCAAAGGCACAACGAGACCAUUAACGUAUGGACACACCUGCUGGCCGCCCUGGUCAUCUUGGUGAAGUGGCAGGAGAUCUCACAGACGGUUGAUUUUUUGCGAGACCCUCACGCUCAGCCCCUCUUCAUCAUCCUCCUCACCGCCUUCACCUACCUCUCCUUUAGCGCACUCGCUCAUCUCUUGUCUGCCAAAUCUGAGCUGUCUCACUACACCUUCUACUUCCUCGACUACGUGGGGGUGGCCGUCUACCAGUACGGCAGCGCGUUGACGCAUUACUACUACGCCAUCGAGGAGGCGUGGCAUGCCAGAGUGCAAGGGUUCUUUUUACCCGCCGCUGCUUUCUUGGCCUGGCUCACAUGCUUUGGCUGCUGCUAUGGCAAAUACGUCAGUCCCACGCUGCCCAAGAUUACGCACAAGCUUUUCCAAGUGGUGCCCUCGGCCUUGGCUUACUGUUUGGACAUCAGUCCCGUGGUUCAUCGCAUCUACACGUGCUACCAGGAAGGCUGCUCUGACCUGGUUGUGGUCUACCACCUCUACCAAGUGCUCUUUUUCCUCAUCGGCGCCUACUUUUUUUCCUGCCCUCACCCGGAGAGCUGGUUCCCUGGGAAGUGUGACUUCAUCGGGCAGGGCCACCAGAUCUUUCACGUGUUUGUCAUGUUCAGCACCCUGGUGCAGAUCGAAGCUCUGCGGAUAGACUUCGGCGAGCGGCGGCCGCUCUACGAGCGACUCCACGGCGAUCUCGCUCACGACGCCGUCGCGCUCUUUAUCUUCACCACCUGCUGCAGCGCGCUCACCGCUUUUUACGUUCGCAAACGUGUACAUGCUUCUCUCCAUGAAAAAUAUGUAUAGAUGCAAUUUUACAUUUCAAGUUGCUCUACAAGCAGGGGUGUCAAACUCAUUUUUGUCACGGGCCACGUGGUUUAGCACUUGGAAUCCAUCAACAUGUCUGAGCCUUCAUGUUUUCAUAUGUACACUACCGAAUCCAGUAAAAAAAAAUUGAAAUAUUU